CGCGCUGCCGUUCCUGUUUGCGCGCACUCUCAACAGACGUGAGCAAGGAAUCGCAGGGUAUUUUUGUCUUUGUUGUAUCGAACUCCCUGCCCCUUUGUCUUCAGCCGGCCUGAGCUCAGUUGUUGCCGCCGCCGCCUGCUCUCUGCGCCCGCCCGCCCGGAUCCAUCGCAGGUCCCGCCGCCUCCCCACUGCGGCUGCCUGCCCAGCCGGUCCGUCGCAGGUCCCGCGGCCUCCUCUCUGCGCACGCCCGCCCAACUCCACCAUCCAACUCCGCCGCCGCCGCUCAACUUCUCCGGCACCGCCCAACACUGCCGCUAUUCUGAGGCUGUGGUGUAGUGCGAGUGCCGAGGCGGUCCCCGUCUCGAUCCCCCGCCUGGUCGUUAUCGCCGCCGUGCGCUAUGUCGGCGCCGGCAGAGGAUUUGGAGGCGUCACGGCAGAAGAAGCGGAGGAGGAAGAAGCACAGGGAGCAGGAGGAGGCAAUAGCGGCUUCCUGGAAGGCUCCUCGACCUCCGACAACACCGGAAUCCAAGCGCGAGUCCACAGUCCCAGUCGCUCCCGAAACCCUAGCAUCGGCUGGGAUGGCGGCGGCGGGGGAGUCUCCCCGACCUCCUGCAAACCCGGAAUCCAAGUCCGAGUCCCCGGUACCAGUCGCUACCGAAAGCCUAACCUCGGUGGUGAUGGUGGCGGCGGCUGCAGUGAGUCUGGUUAAGGAGCGCGAGAGGAAGAAUCAGGUGGCACCGCCGGCAUGUCCAUUAAUGGAGGAGUCCGUGGGCAAGGAGGAAAAGAGGCGCAAGAAAAGGAAACAUGGGGAGGCUGCAGUGGUGAUUCCAUCGACGCCCACUCCUGCUGCGGCCCAAAACUUGCAGAUGGAAAGCAAGGUGAUGGCGGCGGUGAGGAAGAAGCAGAGACGGCGGAUGGUGGAGCACGAGCAAUCCAGGCAGCCACCAUUUCCUGUUGAUGUCCAUCCACAGGCAGGGGAAGAAGCUGCUGCUGCUUGUGGUGGCAUCAUGGGCAGUCAGUGUGUCAAGAGGAGCAGCAGCAAGAAGUCCCAGGUCUUGAAGAAGCAGCAGCCACUGCCCCAAGGCUUUUUUCCUCCCACGGCUGAUCCCAAUUUCACUGAUCAGGACCCCAAUUAUUCCUCACCUUUUGGUGCAUUCUUUGCCCAAUUCGCCUACAAACCUGAUCGCCGGAAAGAUGGCAGUGGUCCGCCACUUCCUAAUACUGUUGAUCGCGCUGCGAGGCUGCCUCCUCAAGGCCACCCAUCACCUGGGUCUUCUCUGCUCACUGCAAAAGUGACCUCCAAGGCUGCUAGGACAACCACCUCGAACACCAAGCAACCAUGCCCAGCCUCAGCAUCAACCUCAGGUUCACAAGAAGAGGUAAGGAUCAAACAGAAGGAAAAGCCCAAGGUUAAGAUGACAAGGGAGAUAGCGUUGAGGGAUUCUCCCUGUCCUCUGGCAAACCCAGAAUACAUGUCUGAUUCCCCGGUCCCAGUCACUCCUGAAACCCUAACCUCGGUGGAGAUGAUAGUGGGGGUUAAGGAACGUGAGAGGAAGAAUCAGGAGGCGCUGCCGGCAUCUCCAUUAAUGGAGGAGCCUGUGUGGAAGGAGGAAAAGAAGCACAAGAAAAGGAAGAAUGGGGAGGCUGCAGUGGUGAUUCCAUCACCGCCCACUGCUGCUAUGGCCCAAAUCUUGCAGAGGGAAAGCAAGGUGACGGCAGAGGGGGUGACGUUGAGGAAGAAGCAUAGGCAGCCGAAGGUGGAGCACGAGCAAUUUGGCCAGCUACCACUUCCCAUUGAUGUCCAUCCACAGGCAGGGGAGGAAGCUGCUGCUGCUGGCGGCAUCAUGGGCAGUCAGUGUGUUAAGAGGAGCAGCAGCAAGAAGUCCCAGGUCUUGAAGAAGCAGCAGCCACUGCCCCAAGGCUUUUUCCCUCCCAUGGCCGAUCCCAAUUUCACUGAUCAGGACCCCAAUUAUUCCUCACCUUUUGGUGCAUUCUUUGCCCAAUUCGCCUACAAACCUGAUCGCCGGAAAGAUGGCAGUGGUCUGCCACUUCCUAAUACCGCUGAUCGCCCAGCGAGGCUGCCUCCUCGAGGCCACCCGUCAUCUAGGUCUUCUCUGCUUACUGCAAAAGAGUCCUCCAAGGCUGCUAGGACAACAACCUCGAACACUAUGCAACCAUGCCCAGCCUCAGCAUCAACCUCAGGGUCACAAGAAGGGAUAAGGGUCAAAGGGAUCGAGAAGCCUGAGAAGAUGAUGACAAUGGAGAAAAAGCCAAGGCGGAAAUCGCCAUUACUUAGUGCUGCCGAGAAGCGUUCCGAUAAAUACCGUCGCCUGCCGCUGGAUCAGCUGGUGCCCCCACCGUGCUCCCCCCAUAAGCUAUUGCAGGAGAAUUAUGCUUCUGACCCCUGGAAGGUCAUUGUAAUAUGCAUGCUCCUCAACUUAACACAGGGAAAACAGGUCGAGAAGAAAGUGAAUGGCUUCUUCGAGCGCUAUCCUGAUCCUCAGACUGCAUAUAGAGCUGAUCCCAAAAAGAUGGCAGAGUAUCUAGCACCUCUUGGAUUUCAGCGUGUGAAAACAAAGAGAAUCCAGAAAUUCUCUAAGGCUUAUGUUGGAGAAGAAUGGACCUAUAUCACUGAGCUUUGUGGUGUUGGCAAGUAUGCGGCUGAUGCUUACGCUAUCUUUUGUGCUGGAAGGGCUAAUGAAGUGGUUCCAAAAGAUCACAAGUUAGUUGAUUAUUGGAAUUAUGUCUGUUUUGAGUUACCGUCAAUUCAGAAAUCGCAGAAUGUGCAGGAGGCUGGAGUGAUGGGGCUAGGAAACCUUGUCCCUUAAGAUGCAGGAAGUAGCUGUGAGCUGUUGACAUGGAAAAACAGUUACGCCGUGGCAAGCACUUUUGGUGUUUCUCUUUGCAACUUAAUGUUAUAAUAUAUGGAGUAUUUAUCUAAUUACGGGGGAAGCCUGUAAGUAAAGCUUGAAUGCUGGUUACGGUGGCCUUGCAUUGAUUUGCUCCAGAAAUUAAUCAGGCAGGCCGUAAUUUCUAGUGAUCAAGUGGUAAUCAUGGCCAAAUAUAUAGUUUCUAUUUGUGGGAAUUGUAUGUGAUGUGGGAUGGUUGCAUGCUGUUCGAUUCCCUGGGGCUAGGAUUGUAGCGGUUGACAUUGGGGAAGCCUGUAAGUAAAAACUAAACGACGUGGCUAUGAGCUCCACGUUUUCUGAACCUCGGUCACGAAAAGGAGAGUUGACACUACGAAACAGAAUGUGUUCUCAA